GCACAUCUUAUAUGCAUGGAAUUUCUCCAGGAGCAAACUCAUCCAAAACAUUGUCUAAAUAGAGUUCCUGGUAAACUCAACUGUAAAUCCAAUCAGCCAUUCAGGAGAUACCAUAUUAACGACACUGACCAUCAGCGGCAAGUCACACCAACGAUUUUCUCAAGAGCACAUUUGUUAAUAGAAAAGGAAUAUGAAAACUUUCAAAAGGACAAACCAUGGGGUAUAGAGGCUCAUCCACUUAGACAAGAGAACAUUUUUGAAUGGAUGGCAAAAAUAAAAGGACUACAAGAUACAGUUUGGGAAGGGGGGACAUUUACCCUUUAUAUAAAGUUUGAUGAGAAUUUCAAUGUGAGACCACCAGAAGUUUGCUUUCAUACAAUUCCUUUUCAUCCAAAUGUUGAUAUGUUGUCUGGCAGACCAUGUAUAGACUUUCUAGAUGACUUUUCACAAUGGAAGGAUUCUAACAGUCUCACAAAAAUACUUACUACUGUACAGGAUUUGCUGGCAAACCCAGACUUGAACAAGCCAAUAAACCCCGAGGCUGCAGAGAUGAUUAUGAGAUCACCACAUGCCUACAGACAGAUGGUGCUAGACUGUGUUGUUGCUAGCCAGCGGGUUGAGGGAUCUUACAAGGGAAUUGAUCCUGCCAAAUACAUUGGAGAAGCACCACAUUCAGGGCUAGAAUCUAGAGUGAGGUUUAAAAUUCCUGAUGAUGCGAAUUGUAACAGAAAGCAGAGUGGUGGAAUACAGGCUGGAGCAAAGGUUGCCAAACUCUCCUUUGAGGAUUACCAUAUUACUUGGAGUGGUAUAGCUACAUCAAAAGCAAGACAUGAUCUGAAAAACCCAUUACUAGAAGCAAUUAAAGAUAAUCCAGCAUUGCAGAAAGCACAUCUUGGAUUACCUCAAGAGGAAAUUGAGGAACAGAUGAAGCGACAGUUAGAAGAACAUGAGACCUUGAUGUAUGGGCGAUUUCAGGCUAAACCAUCUGAAGAGGAAGAAAAGGCUAUGAAGCUUGCUCGACUGAACAAGAUGAAAAAAAUAUACCUACCUCCUAGGAUCUCACCUACAAGUUUGCACACCACAGAGACUAUGCCACCCCCUCCCUCAGGGAAGGCAAAAGAAGAACCAUGGGAGAAAGAAGUAGAUGAUCUUGUUGCAUGGACAGAUAAACUCGAUGCCUCUACUAUUGAGGCUUAAAUUCAAGAAUGAUCUUGUAGCAUGGACAAAUAAACUCGAUGCCUCUACUAUUGAGGCUUAAAUUCAAGAAUGAUCUUGUAGCAUGGACAAAUAAGCUUGAUGUCUAUACUCAUAAGGCUAUGAUACUAGAAUGGGAUGUAAAAAUAUUAUCUCCCAUACAUUGUGUUAUUGUUUACUGAGUACUUUUUAUUAUGAAUAUAUAGAAAUAAUGAUAAGAACUCGUUUA